GCAGGACCAACCUGUUCGCGUCCAAAGUCAAAACUCUCUAUUCUGCCAAACACCCCCCAAUUUGAAGAAUUUGGUAUUUUAAUUUUUAUAUUUGUUUUUGUUUUUCGUUUCGGCUUCUCGAAGGGACAUUAUCGUCUUACCGGGUAGACAUCUGAAGCCGUACCCGUACACCCAACACUCUCUUUGCCGCCAUUACACAGAUCUCGAACUUUUCUUUUUUCUCUCUCUCUCUUUUUUUUUUUUUUCUCUCUCUAAAACCCUAGUAAACUAGAGAGAGCUCGAAAAAUCGGACCGAGCAAAACGACGGCAACCUCAUGGGCGUCCCCGCGUUCUACCGUUGGUUGGCCGAUCGCUAUCAGCAGUCGAUUUCGGACGUGGUAGAAGAAGAGCCAGUGGAGGACUCCAAUGGGGUGCUUAUACCUAUCAACGUUUCGAAACCUAACCCUAAUGGCAUGGAGUUCGACAAUUUGUAUUUGGAUAUGAAUGGCAUAAUCCAUCCCUGUUUUCACCCCGAUGGCAAGCCAGCACCUGCUACCUAUGAUGAUGUAUUCAAGUCGAUAUUUGCUUACAUUGAUCAUCUCUUCUCAUUGAUUCGCCCAAGAAAACUUCUUUAUUUGGCUAUUGAUGGGGUUGCACCAAGAGCUAAGAUGAAUCAGCAACGUUCUCGACGCUUUAGAGCUGCUAAAGAUGCAGCUGAGGCAGAAGCUGAAGAAGAAAGAUUAAAGAAAGAAUUUGAGGCUGAGGGUAGAAAUUUGACUUUGAAGGAGAAGCCUGAAACUUCCGACUCGAAUGUUAUUACUCCCGGUACUCAGUUUAUGGAAGUGCUCUCAAAGGCACUUCAGUAUUACAUACAAAGUAGGUUGAACCACAACCCUGGCUGGUCGUAUACAAAGGUUAUUCUUUCUGAUUCGAAUGUACCUGGAGAGGGAGAACACAAAAUAAUGACAUACAUUCGUUUGCAACGUAACCUUCCUGGUUUUGAUCCUAACACUCGGCAUUGUCUAUAUGGUUUGGACGCAGAUCUAAUUAUGCUGUCUUUAGCUACUCAUGAAGUUCACUUCUCAAUAUUGAGGGAGGUGAUUACACUGCCUGGGCAGCAAGAAAAAUGUUUUCUUUGUGGACAAGUUGGUCAUCUGGCAGCUGAGUGUCGUGGUAAAGACGAAACAGAAGAUGGGAAUGUGGUAGAUGAAACCCCAAUUCACAAAAAAAAGUAUCAGUUCCUUAACAUUUGGGUGUUACGAGAAUAUCUGGAAUAUGAUCUGACGAUUCCUAGUCCUCCUUUUGAGAUUAACUUUGAAAGAAUAGUGGACGAUUUUGUCUUUCUUUGUUUUUUCGUUGGCAAUGACUUUCUUCCACAUAUGCCGACAUUGGAGAUCAGGGAGGGUGCCAUAAAUUUAUUGAUGCAUGUUUAUAGAAGAGAGUUUGCUGCUAUGGGUGGUUAUCUUACUGAUUCGGGUGAGGUUUUAUUAGACAGAGUAGAGCAUUUUGUUCAGUCUGUUGCUGUUUAUGAAGAUCAAAUUUUUCAGAAGCGGACUCGAAUUCAGCAGGCAUAUGAAAAUAAUGAUGAAAGAAAUAGAAACAGAAGACAGUCCAUUGAAGAGCUCCAGGCUCCAGUUGUAGACAAGGUUAAAUUGGGAGAGCCUGGAUACAAGGAAAGGUAUUAUGCUGAGAAAUUUGAUUUAUCAACACCAGAGGAUAUUGAUAAAAUUAAAAGAGAUGUGGUUUUGAAGUAUGUAGAAGGCUUAUGUUGGGUCUGCCGGUAUUACUACCAAGGUGUUUGCUCCUGGCAAUGGUAUUAUCCAUACCAUUAUGCUCCCUUCGCUUCUGAUCUAAAAGAGCUCCCUGAACUGGAAAUAAUAUUUUUCAUGGGAGAACCAUUUAAGCCCUUCGAUCAGCUUAUGGGAACACUACCUGCAGCAAGUUCAAGUGCUCUACCAGAAAAGUACAGCAAUUUGAUGAAUAAUCCAUUGUCACCUAUUCAUGCAUACUACCCUUCUGAUUUUGAGAUCGAUAUGAAUGGAAAGCGUUUUGCGUGGCAGGGAGUUGCAAAAUUGCCAUUCAUUGACGAGAGGAAAUUGCUUGCAGAAACAAGGAAACUAGAAGGCACUUUAACGGAGGAAGAGCAGUUUCGAAAUAGUGUAAUGCUUGAUUUGCUUUACGUAAAUCCUGCACAUCCUUUGGCUCCGCAAAUAAAUUUGUACUACAGCCUAUGUUAUCAAACACCCCUACACGCAAGAUAUGCCUGGGCAAUUGACACACAUGCUAGUGGUGGAAUGAAUGGAUACCUUUGGUUAUCUGAAAGAAAUGGAAUGAGACAUGUCAUCCCUUCCCCUGUAGGUGGAUUGCAGAACAUUGAGUGGAACCAAGUGUUAAAUAUUACAUAUCUUAAUCCUCUUGCCCACAAACAUAUACCUGAGCCUCCUAUGGGUGUGAUCAUGCCUAAAAAGGUUUUACAACCUAUAGAUAUUAAACCAUUCCCUGGGUUAUGGCAUGAAGACAAUGGAAUGCGACGCCACCAAGGCAGGGAGAGGCCACAAGUACCUGGAGCAAUAGCUGGGUCUUUACUGGGGGAAGCAGCUCACCGUCUUGUUAAGAAUACCUUAAAUCUCAGAUCUAAUGAUUCAUCCUCUGGAUUCUGGGAGCAACCCCCAUUUCGAAAUUUCCAGGGCAGCCAUCUAGGGACCAGACCGAGACCAACUGGACCUUCUGGGUAUGGUUUUCGGCAAGAGCCAAACUCCUACUAUGAAAAUUCCUUCAAUCCACAGGGAAACAUGGGUAGGCCUAGAUAUCCAGUCUCCUCAAAUGGUGCACAGAUUGAUAGACAAAAUUUUAAAACACUGGACAGAAUACACUAUCAAGAACAGUAUCGCAACUUGAGGAGUGGAAUGUCUGCCUUGACAAUGGAAGAAAAUGCAAGAAGCAAACCACCAGCAAUGUUGUCUCCUAGGAUUCCAAAUUCAGGAAACACAGCGAAUCCACCUACCCACUUUAUGCAAAAUAUGGGUCCGCUUCCCUCCCCACCUCCUAAGUGGAUCAAUAAAGCACCAACUGCAAAUGGUGGAAUGUAUGUUGGACAACUAGAAACUGCUUCAGGUGGACCACAUGAGAAGCAAGUGAAGAAGAUUUAUCAGGUUAAAACACGAGCUCCUCAGGAUACGUCAAAUAAUGGGAACCAGGGGUUAUUGUAGCGAAUCUGAUCAAUCUUCUGUUCUCUCUAAGGUGCCCUGCACAUUGAAGAUCUUCUAGUAGGGCAAGUUUCGAUUAAAUAUAGCCAACCCUGUGGUUGAGGGCACUUUUCACAAGCUUUAUGAGCUUGAUACCACAUGGUGUCGUGGAUGAUAUAUUCAUCCUCUUGGUACAAAGUGAUUCAUCAUCCUCAGUCUCUGCAUAUGACCACAACAUUUGAAGAUUUGCUUCAACUGCAAGUGAUUUCUCAUAGAAGUUGCAUAUGUUACUGAUUGGAUGGUGAGGUACCAUUGUCGUGGCAUUUUUACUGCAGCGUUCUUAGUUCAAAUUUUAUUUUUAUGUAGGUAGUUCAUCAAGCAAGUUAUACACGUUUGUAAUUGGAUUUAGGGUCAUAGUGUUGUCCUGUUAUAUUCUCUGUCAUCACGGUUUCAUACAGAAAGAGAAUUAGGGAAGAUGCAUAUCGUCACGUAAACGGCAAAGCUGCUGGUAUGUAUCACUAUGUAAAGGAUUAUGUAAUUAAUGUGGAAAUUAUCUGUUUAUUGUUGUCCAA